AUGCAGCGAGCUCUCUCUUCCCGGACCUCGGUCCUCUCUGCUGCUUCUAAGCGCGCCUCUUUCUCCAAGCCCACUGGCCUGAACCUCCAGCAGCAACGGUUUGCUCACAAGGAGCUCAAGUUCGGUGUCGAAGCUCGCGCUCAGCUCCUCAAGGGUGUCGACACACUCGCCAAGGCUGUCACAUCUACUCUAGGUCCUAAGGGUCGCAAUGUCCUGAUUGAGUCUCCCUACGGCUCCCCCAAGAUCACCAAGGAUGGUGUGACUGUCGCCAAGGCCGUUCAGCUCCAGGAUAAGUUCGAGAACCUCGGUGCCCGUCUCCUCCAGGAUGUCGCUUCCAAGACCAACGAACUUGCCGGUGACGGUACCACCACCGCUACUGUCCUCGCCCGUGCUAUCUUCUCCGAGACCGUCAAGAACGUUGCUGCGGGCUGCAACCCCAUGGACCUGCGCCGCGGUAUCCAGGCCGCUGUUGAGGCUGCUGUCGACUACCUCCAGCAAAACAAGCGUGAUAUCACUACCGGAGAGGAGAUCGCCCAGGUCGCUACCAUCUCCGCUAACGGCGAUACCCACGUCGGCAAGCUUAUCUCUACCGCCAUGGAGCGUGUUGGUAAGGAGGGUGUCAUCACCGUUAAGGAGGGCAAGACCCUUGAGGACGAGCUUGAGGUUACUGAGGGUAUGCGAUUCGACCGCGGUUACACCUCCCCCUACUUCAUCACCGACGCCAAGUCCCAGAAGGUCGAGUUCGAGAAGCCUUUGAUCCUCCUCUCCGAGAAGAAGAUCUCCGCUGUCCAGGACAUUAUCCCUGCCCUUGAGGCUUCCACCACUCUCCGCCGCCCUCUGGUUAUCAUCGCCGAGGACAUUGAGGGUGAGGCUCUCGCCGUCUGCAUUCUGAACAAGCUCCGUGGCCAGCUCCAGGUUGCUGCCGUCAAGGCUCCCGGCUUCGGUGACAACCGCAAGAGCAUCCUCGGUGAUCUUGGUGUCCUCACCAACGGUACCGUCUUCUCUGACGAGCUCGACAUCAAGCUUGAGAAGCUUACUCCCGACAUGCUCGGUUCCACCGGUGCCAUCACCAUCACUAAGGAGGACACCAUCAUCCUGAACGGUGAGGGCAGCAAGGACUCCAUCGCUCAGCGCUGCGAGCAGAUCCGUGGCGUCAUGGCUGACCCCACCACUUCCGAGUACGAGAAGGAGAAGCUCCAGGAGCGUCUCGCCAAGCUGUCCGGCGGUGUUGCCGUCAUUAAGGUCGGUGGUGCUUCCGAGGUCGAGGUCGGUGAGAAGAAGGACCGUGUUGUUGAUGCUCUCAACGCCACCCGUGCUGCCGUUGAGGAGGGUAUCCUCCCCGGUGGUGGUACCGCUCUCCUCAAGGCCUCCGCCAACGGUCUUGAGAACGUCAAGCCCGCCAACUUUGACCAGCAGCUCGGUGUCAGCAUUGUCAAGAGCGCCAUCACCCGCCCUGCUCGCACCAUUGUCGAGAACGCCGGUCUUGAGGGCAGCGUCAUUGUCGGCAAGUUGACCGAUGAGUUCUCCAAGGACUUCAACCGUGGUUUCGACAGCUCUAAGGGCGAAUACGUCGACAUGAUCGCCGCCGGUAUCGUCGACCCUCUCAAGGUCGUCCGCACCGCUCUCGUUGACGCUUCCGGUGUCUCCUCCCUGCUCGGUACCACCGAGGUUGCCAUCGUUGAGGCUCCCGAGGAGAAGGCCCCUGCUGCCCCUGGUGGUGGCAUGGGUGGUAUGGGCGGUAUGGGCGGCAUGGGUGGUGGCAUGUUCUAA